UAACAAGAUGGGGGGCUGGAAGGGUAUAAAAUGUAUUUUGGUGCCCAGUCAAGCAUAAGGAAGUCAAAAGCACGUUUGCUGGUUGCUUUAUGUCUGCUGCACAGUUUCCCACAUAGACCUGUGCUAAAGAUGCUGUCACGAAAUCUUGUUAUUGCUUCAGUGGCUGUUGUGUUUCUGGCGUCCACCGUAUCAACAGCUCCUGUUGAAGAUAAGGAGCCUGAGGAAAAUGACUUUGAGGCUGAAGAGGGUGAAGAAGAACUGUCUGAGGAGGAAGAGGAUGAUGAUGACUCCAAAGGUCAGCAUAUGAAGGGAGCCGGAUCGCAGCAGGCCACUGCAGCACCCAAAGGCUUGGGUAUGACUCCUGGCAGCGGCGUCGCGGGCGAAUCCCCAAAUGGUCAGAAACUUAAUGGUGGCACUCAAACUGGCCAAGUCUCAUCAAGCAGCACAUCAACAGCUUCAGAUGGAGCAAAUGGAAGUAACGGUCGAGAUGGUUACUCUCGCCCAUCUGGAUCUCAUGGAAGUUCUCAUGGUGCAAGUUACGAUGGACAAGAUGGGUCCAAAUCAGAGAUAGUUCCUUCAGGUGUAGGACCUGGAGGAGCGGGUGCUAAUGGAGGUUCAGGAUCAAAAGUCCCUGGCACAGACGGGGGUGUCCAUUCAGUGUCCAUUUCUGUUGUGUCAUCGGGUCAAGCGUCAUCAGGCCACAUAGCAGCAGAUCAUGGGUCAACAAUGUCAUCCAGCCACACGUUUGGCCGACCUUCAGCAGGGCAGACGUCAGGUGAUGUGGCAGUAGUUUCCUCCGAGGUCCAAUCACAGCCUGCAGGGUCAGAGGGAUUCGCUCCACAAUAUGAAAAUGGGGAAACAGCUCAUGAUGGAUCUCAAAUCGAGUCUCCAGAAAUCCCAGAGAUAGAAUCUAACGGUAAUGGGCACAAACAGCUACUGAAUGGAGGAGAAACAGGAUUCACAGGUUUGGAUCAUUUCAUGGCAGGCACAUCUCAGAUACAAGGAACAGGUGGUUUUGAUUCAUAUGGCACAAGCCCCCACCUGGAAAUUACAGGAAUAAUAGACCAAUCAAGCCACGACUUCCUUGCUGGCUUAAUGGGUGGAAUGGGAGAGAGCUUUGGUCCAGACACCCAAACAGACGGUCUAGAUCACAUGGGACUCGCAUUUCAGGUGGAUUCGGCAGCCACUGGCCUGAGUCCAGGGCACCCGUCCAGUGGCGGCCCGGUUCUAGACGCUCCUCCAGACUCUCUGGGACCAGAUUAUGUAUCUGCUGACAAUGGGAAUGGAGAUUACACCCACUCAAUCAGCACGUCUGAUAAUGGAGCCCAAUCAAAAUCGCCAGCCGACACAACAGAUGCAUCUUUAGUCUUUGACACAAUGUUACAUCCGGGUCAUUCUUUCAUAGACUAUUCAGAAGGUGGGGCAGAUAAUGGUGCAGAUUCACCUGAUACGAACGGAAACGGAAACGGUCGGCACAAACCUGUGGUAGACAUACAGAAAGGUGACCCUCCAGCCGUUCAUCUCGACAUCAACGGAACAGGUCAUCAGGACGCUGCGACGGAGAUGCAUCACACAGCUGGAGACCCGCAUGCCGUCAGCUCACUUCCAGAUGCAGUUGGCGCGCUUGAUCUAGUUGAUCACACCCUCAGCCCUUAUGCUGACACGACUGGACGUGAUGGUGUCACUGGUGCAAGCGCACAGACAGAUAUGGCAGGUGUGGCCGGUGAUCCGGUGACUGAAGGACAGGUUCAAACAGACAUGACAGGGCAGGGACACUUAGCUGUGACUGACGGCAUGCCAAAUUACACAGCAGAUUCUGUUCAUGCGACUGGGACUGGAUUCACAGAUGCCUCAGAGACACAUAGUAGCAUGGUUCAGACAGACUUACCAGUCACAGGGGAUCCAUUCACAGGGGUUUCCUCACAGACAGACGCCAUGGGCACAGGCCAACCUGGUGCUACGGAACAGACACAGCCAGCUGUAUCAGCAGGUGAACAGUACCACACAUCUGGUCAGGGUCCUGAAGGUGCAGAAAAUGUGGAACUGGAAGAUACCUGCUGACUUCCACAUGAAGCCGCGAGUGAGGUUUCUGCGCUACAGAUUUCAGUGUACGGACCAGUACGCCUGGCAGAGGAACCGUGAACCCGCCCGCUAGACUUUAGGUCUCCUUUGUGUGUGUGUCCGUUUGUUUUAUUUUUUGACUAUUUAAACAUUCAGAGGAUUCUGUAACUUAACUUUUUAUUGUGCCUGUUUAUAAAAGUGCCCUGUAAGUAUUUUAUUCAUUGGUGUGCAGAAACAAAAAUCAAACUUUGAAUGAGAAAAGUCACGAUUUGAAACGUAAAUGCGCUGUGUAAAUUCAAUGGUUGUUUUCCCCCCUAUAAUGUCGCUACUGUAUUUUCUUGCCUAGAUGUUCUAGCAAUAUUCUUUACAAAUGUCACAAAUUGUAUAUUGCUGAAUGUAUGUCAUUUGAAGAUAAUCUUUACAUUAAAUUGAACAUCUAUUUUGAAC